CCCGGACCCGGACUCGGACCCGGACCCGGACCCGGUCCGGUCCGGCCGACCUCCAGACGCAGACCGGAAUGUCAACGUUCCGGUUGUUCUCCCGCUUGAGCAACACGGAGGCGGUGGGGGCGUGGCCUGCGGUCCGAUGGGCGUGUCCAGAGCGCACCACCUGGACCAGAAGAGGAAUAAAGUGAGGGAUCCGACCCGGAGCGACACUCAGACCCUCUGCGACCUGACAACCGGAGAGCGGAACCCACCGACUAACUAACCGAGAGAGAUGUACUCGCGAACGAACAGCGUGACCCUGACGGUGCAGCCCGAGAGCUUCGGCUUCUCCGGGCGCGCGACCCGCAGCACGGAGCCGGAGGUCUUCACCUUCGAGCGGGUGCCGCCGCAGGCCAGCGCCGUGCUCUCCUGCGCGCCGGUCCGGCCGAGGAAGCGCUGCACCCGCGUGAUGUACCCGGCCAAGGUGCGCAUGCACCUGCCUCCGCCGGAGAGGAGCCCGGCCCAGCGCUGGCUGCUGGUCCUGUGCCUGGUGGUGCUGUGGCAGAUCUACACCGAGGAGCCGUGCGCCGACGCGCCGCAGGGCAGCGCCGACAGCCCGGGCAGCGACUACCAGAGCUUCCCCUUCCACCACCAGUCCGCGGAGGAGCAGCAGCUCACGGACCUCGGCGCCGGACGGGAGCUCCUGUCGGCCACACCGGCGAUGUGAGCUCGGCGGCUCCUUCUGGGGAACCGAUCAACACCGAACAGAUGACCCCCCCAAAAGCCCGCAGCAGGGGACCGGCAGCCGCCGGUUCCAAGCGGGGCGCCAUGGCGGAGGCUCUGCUGGUCCACCACACACGGGUGAGAGCCUCGUGCCUCCGGGAUCCACGGUGAACCGAGCUGGACUGGACCCCGUGCAGCGGCUGGAGAUCAGCGGUUCGCCGGCUUCUCCUCCUCCCUGCCGGGGGGAGAAGAAAAGUCUGGAAACAGGACACAAGAAAGAAAGAGAGAAAGAAAGAAAGAAAGAAAGAGAGAAAGAAAAGAAACUCUGAACACAAAGCCUGAAACUUGAACUAAAGAACACUUGAAGGUGUGUGACUGUCUGCACUAACUGGAAGUUUCAUUUGUUUUUUAAAACUGAAACUGUCCUAAAUGUCUUAUUUAGUUAUUUAUUUCUAUUUGCUAUUUAUUAAUAAUUUUAAAUAAUAAAACGUGUCUAAAA